AUGGCCCUUCAAGCUUCAAGCUUUUUGUGUGCUUCUUGUUUUGUGUCCUCCCGGCAUCAAAGAGGAAACAUUGCAGCCACUAUCAGUCUUCCAAAACUCCGGACAAGUACUCUUUCCCAGCCAAAGCUCCCAACUAGAGGUUUGGUGGAGGAAUUGGCGUUGAGCAACGCAACUACCACCACAACUUACAUUGAAAAACAGUCGAAUUCGCCUAAGAAUAAUGGUUCCGAUCCCAUGGUGAUUGCAAAGUUGUAUGCAAUAAUGGAGGCUGUCGCGGAUAGACCUAAAUCAUUCAAUUCUCACCACUACAAGAACCCAAUAAGAGAUCAUUCAGAAAUCUCUUCUAAACCCGAAGUUGUAAACCAUUCAACACCAAAGUAUAUCACAGUUUUAGUUGCAAUAACAAGAAGAAAGAUCAUUAUAGGAGUGGACAUGGCCCUUCAAGCUUCAAGCUUUUUGUGUGCUUCUUGUUUUGUGUCCUCCCGGCAUCAAAGAGGAAACAUUGCAGCCACUAUCAGUCUUCCAAAACUCCGGACAAGUACUCUUUCCCAGCCAAAGCUCCCAACUAGAGGUUUGGUGGAGGAAUUGGCGUUGAGCAACGCAACUACCACCACAACUUACAUUGAAAAACAGUCGAAUUCGCCUAAGAAUAAUGGUUCCGAUCCCAUGGUGAUUGCAAAGUUGUAUGCAAUAAUGGAGGCUGUCGCGGAUAGAGUGGAGAUGCACAAGAAUAUUGGAGAGCAGAGAAACAAUUGGAACAUCCUGCUUUUAACAUCCAUCAAUGCAAUCACACUGGCUGCUGCAACCAUGACUGGAAUUGCAGCAACAAGUUCUAUCGGUGCUCCAAUGAUGGCGGUGAAGACCGCUUCUACUCUAAUGUAUUUGUCAGCAACAGGGAUGCUGUUGAUUAUGAAUAAACUUCAACCAUCCCAACUUGUUGAAGAACAACGAAACGCUUCAAGGUUUUUCAAGCAGCUUCAUGGACAGAUUCACACACAUGUUUCAAUUGGUAAUCCUACAGUUGUUGAUGUGAAGGAAGCAAUGGAGAAAGUCUUGGCUCUUGAUAGGGCCUAUCCUCUUCCUCUAAUCGGCGUGAUGCUUGAAAAAUUCCCAUCUGCAGUGGAACCUGCAGUUUGGUGGCCCCAACAACGACGGAGAAAAAUGAAAGAGAACAAUGGGAAAAUGGAUUGGAAUGGUUGGAAUGGAAAGUUGGAAGAGGAAAUGAGAGAACUAGUUGGGAUUAUGGAGAGGAACGAUAAAACAGACUAUUUGAGAUUAGCUGAAAAAGCAGUGAAACUGAACAAAGCAUUGGCCUUAGCCGGUCCUUUACUAACAGGUCUAGCAGCAGUUGGGUCUGCUUUUGCAGGAUCUUCUUCACUUGGUGCUUGGGCCACGAUGCUUGGUGUCGUUGGUGGCGCUUUGGCAAGCAUAGUGAACACAGUCGAGCAUGGCUGGCAAGUAGGGAUGGUGUUUGAGAUGUACAGGAGCAACGCUGGUUUCUUUAGGCUGAUGGAGGAGUCCGUAGAGUCAAAUUUGAAUGAAAGUGAUGUGGGUAGGAGAGAGAAUGGGGAAUUGUUUGAAAUGAAGGUAGCUUUGCACCUUGGAAGGAGUCUCUCAGAGCUAAGGGAUCUUGCAGCUUCAUCAUCAAUGAAUGGGAAGGCCCAAGAAGAAUUUGCUAGCAAGCUUUUCUGA